UCUGACCAAUGAGCGCGUGAGUGACGGUGAGACCGGACCGGUGUCCUACCCGGUGAUGCGCGCGGAGUACAAUAGAAUAGAAUAGAAUAGAAUAGAAUAGAAUAGAAUAGAAUAGAAUAGAAUAAUGGCAAGCCUGCGAAUGCCGUGUAAGUCCUGAUCCUGAACAAAAGGCGGGCCUGAGCUCGGUGACCGGCGAGAUGAAGGAGAAGUCUAAGACGGCGGCGAGGACGCGGCGGGAGAAGGAGAACAGCGAGUUCUACGAGCUCGCCAAGAUGCUGCCCUUACCGUCGGCCAUCACCUCUCAGCUGGACAAAGCGUCCAUCAUCCGACUGACCAGCAGCUACCUGAAGAUGAGGCUGGUGUUCCCUCAAGGUUUAGGGGAGGUUUGGGGUCGAAGCCGAUCUCUAGAGAACACAAACCUUGAGCUCGGAUCUCAUUUACUGCAGGUAAUAAUCAGCAAGAUGCUCCAGACGCUGGACGGCUUCAUAUUCGUGGUGGCUGCCGACGGGAAGAUCAUGUACAUCUCUGAGACGGCGUCCGUUCAUCUGGGCCUGUCGCAGGUAGAGCUGACCGGGAACAGUAUUUACGAGUACGUGCACCCGGCCGAUCACGAGGAGAUGAGCGCCGUCCUGACCCCGCAGCCCUCGGUCCACUCACACCUCGUCCUCGAACAUGAGGUAGAACGCUCCUUCUUCUUGAGAAUGAAGUGUGUUUUGGCCAAACGUAACGCUGGGCUGAUGAGCGGAGGAUAUAAAGUGAUCCACUGCAGUGGCUAUCUGAAGUCGUCGGUGCUGGAGGGCUGCUAUCAGAGCGUGGGUCUGGUUGCCGUGGGACACACUUUACCUCCGAGCGCUGUCACCGAGAUCAAGCUCCACAGCAACAUGUUCAUGUUCAGAGCCAGUCUAGACAUGAAGCUCAUCUUCCUGGACUCCAGGGUUUCAGAGCUGACAGGAUAUGAGCCACAGGACCUGAUUGAGAAGACCCUGUAUCAUCACGUGCACAGCUGUGACAGUUUUCAUCUGCGCUGUGCUCAUCACCUCUUGCUGGUCAAAGGUCAGGUGACCACUAAAUAUUACCGCUUCCUGUCCAAACACGGCGGCUGGGUUUGGGUGCAGAGUUACGCCACGAUCGUUCACAACAGUCGCUCGUCUCGGCCGCACUGCAUCGUCAGCGUCAACUACGUCCUGACGGACACGGAGUAUAAAGGUCUGGCUCUGUCUCUGGAGCAGCUGAAGCCCAGCAGACCUGUGUUUCCGUACACAAACCACCCAGAGACCCCGAACAGAGCCCCGGCGCUCAAGAUCCUGUCCCCGCCGUACCCUCAGCAGUUUUCGUUCUUCCAGCCCGAGCGCUCAGACUCUGAGCACGACAGCCAAUGGGACGGCAGCCCUCAGACUGACUCCGCCUCCCCGCAGCGCCUGGACACGUGUGCUCACACACACACACACACACACGCGCGCAGAGAGGGAUGGUGGGAUGCUCCUGGAGCUCCGGUCACUAAAGCAGCUCAGCCUGCUUGGGACGAGGAGGUGGAGGACGGAUCUGAUUCAGGAGACAGCUGUGGUGAGAUCCGGGCGAGACAGGAUCAGAUCAAGCUGGAGGAGGGGUGUGUGAGCGAGUAUUUCUCGUCCGUCUGCCGAGGACCGGCCCGUCUCGUCCUGCACCGAGACCUCAGAGACGCGAGUCCCGCUCUCAGCAGCCCCGGCUCGGACAGACUGACCGCUCUCAUGCACUUUCAGAGCGGCGCCGGACACAACACCGCAUCGGUCAUCAUCAGCAACGGCAGCUGACCGCACAACAGACCUGACGCUGCCUGAAAAUCUCCUUCUAACUUGUCCAAAUGAAGUCUGAGCAAUGCUUAUUACUCGUUUUGAUAUAUUUGCAGCAGGAAAUGUGCUAAAUAUCUUCAUGGAACCAGAUCUUCACUUAAUAUCCUAAUGAUUUUUGGUGUACAAAUCAAUAAUAAUUUUGUGGACUGAGCUCUUAGGAGCGCUUCUGUGCUCAAAUAUAACAUCCUUCUCACGCUGCUGUUUCUUCAGGCACUAUAUGAAGAGCACUAGAUCAGAUCACAAACUAAAAAAGGAAGAAAGUAUGUUUUGCACCGUGGCAUUAUUUAAGAUUUGAUGCAAUUUGUUCAGUAUGUAUAGCUUCUGCUGUGCUGCUUUUAAUUGGUUGAUUUGAUCUAUUUAUUUGUUCAAAUAUGAUUUACAGUAGACUGUUUUAUUUCCAGAUCCAGAGCUAGUAUUACCUUUUGUUUGGUAAUUGAAAUAAAAUUCACUAUUUGCAAAAAAUAAGAUCCUAAAAAAAUAAAAUUGAAGUACAUUUUUGGUUUGAACCGUGGCAGUAUUUUUUUUUUUAUCACUUUAUUUUAAUGCAAAAUCAGUUAUAUUUUACUGGGUUUACACUGUAAUGCCGUUGGUUGAGCUUCCUUUAGUUUGUUGGAUCUUUUCAAUCUUUUAUAUAGUUUUAAAGAGAAUAAUCACCGCUGCAGAAAAUGCAUGAUAUUCGUUUUUUUGCCGUUGCUUUGGUUGUGCUGAUUUUUGGUUGAUUUAGAUUGUUACAAAUAUAUUUUAAUUACAGUAAUCUGAAUAAAAUAAUACAAGAAAAUGAAAAAAAAAUUAAUGCAUGAAGAAAACUAGGUUUGCAUUAGUGCAGAGCAUUAUUUUAAUGUAAAUUCGACCCAAUUCUCACUGUUUUGAUCCAAAAUCAAAUAUAUUUAUCAUUAUUUGCAUAUCAUAGUUGCAUUGGUUUUAUAAAAUAAGUCUAUCAUUUACAGUAAUAUAAAAACAAAUAAUAGCUGCAGAGUGCUAAAGUUUUCAUUCAGUUCUCCCCAAAUCUCGUUAUUCUGACGCAAAAUCAAUGAUAUGAUUCGUUGCUGGCAGAUUUGUUGGCAUUUGUUGAGUUGAAUCAAAUAAAAGUCUAUAGAGAAUAUGAGGUGCAUCACAGGAAUGACUGACUGAUUCAUUUUCUUUGUGCAGAAUAUCAUUCCUUGCGAUGAAAAGCUGUGGUUUAAAGUCACCCGUGAUAUGAUCAACGCUGUUCACUGAGACUGAAAGGAAGUUUUCUAGCAAUUUAAUAAAUCCAAAAAUGUGUGUA